CGCGCUCCCCCCGCGGCGCCGCCGCAGCCCCGCGCAUAUAGGGCCGCUCCGCCGCACGGGCCGCGCCGCCGCCGCCGCUCCAGGCAUGGCACAGGGCUCUACCUCACUAUGGCAGCAGCAGCAGCGCGGCACAGCACCCUGGACUUCCUGCUCGGCGCCACAGCUGAUUGUAAUGCCGUUCUUAAAGCUCUACAGCCCAUUUUUCAGGAGCAGGGAAUGACAGAAACAGUUCAUAACUGGGAAGACCAUGGUUAUUUAGUAACCUACAUCAAAAAAAAUGGCAGUUUUGCCAAUUUGAGAAUUCACCCUCAUGGAUUAGUGCUGGUGGAUCUACAGAGCUACAAUGAUGACAUGAAAGGAAGAGAAGAAGUUGAUCAGCUUCUAAACAAAGUAGAAGAAAGAAUGAAAGAAUUGUUUCAUGGUAACAUAAAAAGGGUGAAACGGUUGCCAGCCAUUUUGAGGGGAGGUGUCAUUGAUAGAUACUGGCCCACAGCUGAUGGGCGCCUGGUGGAGUAUGACAUAGAUGAAGUUGUUUAUGAUGAAGAUUCACCUUUUCAGAAUAUUAAAAUUCUGCAUUCAAAACAAUUUGGGAAUAUUCUUAUUCUCAGUGGGGAUGUUAAUCUGGCAGAAAGUGACCUGGCAUAUACUCAAGCCAUAAUGGGCAGUGGAAAGGAAGAUUACACUGGGAAAGAAGUGCUAAUCCUAGGAGGUGGUGAUGGAGGUAUACUGUAUGAGAUAGUCAAACUGAAGCCAAAGAUGGUUACUAUGGUAGAGAUUGACCAAAUGGUGAUUGACGGGUGUAAAAAACACAUGCGUAAAACGUGCGGAGAUGUCUUAGACAAUCUGAGAGGAGAGUGCUACCAGGUUCUAAUUGAAGACUGUAUUCCUGUACUGAAGAGGUAUGCCAAAGAAGGAAGAAUGUUUGAUUAUGUAAUUAAUGAUCUGACAGCUGUUCCAAUCUCCACAUCUCCAGAAGAAGAUUCCACAUGGGAAUUUCUGCGGUUGAUUCUUGACCUCUCAAUGAAAGUCCUGAAACAAGACGGAAAAUACUUCACACAGGGAAACUGUAUCAAUCUGACUGAUGCCUUGACUCUGUAUGAAGAACAGCUUAGCAGGCUUUAUUGUCCUGUGGAGUUUUCAAAAGAAACUGUGUGUGUUCCCUCCUACAUGGAAUUGUGGGUAUUCUACACGAUUUGGAAGAAACAGACUGGCAUUUGAACAUCAAGAUUGAGAUUAUCCUAAGUGUACAUGCUGCAUGGAGCAUAUAGGCCUGCCACAUGCUGCAUAUUGGCAUCUUGAACCUUUAAAUUAUAUGCUGUAGAUGAUCCUGAAACUUAGUCAUGCUAUUGAUUGUGAAUUCUUUACUUUUUUUUAUUAUUAUUUUAAUUUAAAAGUAAAUGGAAAAAUGUAUAUUUUGACAGGCUAGGGUGUUAUUUUUGAACGUCAACUUAAAGAUGAAUAAGCAGCAAAACUAUAUAGCUGCUGACUGCACUGAACCUUUAGAAUGUGAUCCUUUUUAUUUUUUUGUAGAACUUCACAAACUGGUUGAUUAAAACAGACAUCUUUAGCAUUUCAUCACUGAAGGGUGGUCCAUGGAGUUUUUGUUAUUCUUGUUUUUCCAACAGAUGUUUCAUUUACGGUGCUUUUUUAAAGUGGGAGAGGGUUUUUGUGUGGUUUUGGGGUUUUUUAAUGAACACUGCAAAGCUUCCAUAUAGAGAAGGGCAUAACUAAAAAGAAAAAAAUCUUUUGAGAGAAUACCACAAGUCCUGUGUUGCAAAGGGAAGAGAGCCAGUUUUAAAUUUUUAUUUACCCUAGUUUCAUUCAUCAUUGCUGUAAUCUCUGCUGCAGAAGAAUCUUUGGCCUUUUACCUCCUGGAAUUCUUCAGUCGUUGCCAUAUUGAUUAUUUGGAUUCUGAUACAGAUUUGACAGUAGCUUUGUACUGAAGCAAGAAGAUCAAGGCUGGGUUUUUAUUCCACCACAGUGCAAAAAAUUGAGUGUAGUGAGGUUCAUGUGGGUGUAUCUUCUCCCUAGCCUUAUGGGAAGCACUAGAUUUUUGAGGUAAAGGUUGGCUUAGAGGAUGAAGAAAUGUGGGUGUGAUGUGGUCUACCUUUAUGUGCACCUGUACUCCAUGUUUUGAAGCGUGUGUGUGCUUCAGUAGGGUCAGUGAUGGUUGUAUUGCCACAGAUGGCCCACACUGUGUGAGGCUCUUGCUCAGUUAGAUUCACUUGCAGUGUAAAAAUCAGAAGCUGGGGUGCAUUGUAGUUCUGUUCUGAAAGAAGAUGCAUUUUUCUUUAGCAGUUUCUCAUGCUGUCAAAAGUUAUUUUUGUAAGAGUUUGCUAUGUACCAACUAGAAUAUUUGUGUUUAAAAAUCAUAUUUGAAAGGAAGUAGGAAGGCUAUGACCAAUGUGUGCAUUUUUUGCUUUUCCAAGGUAGAAUAAAACAUGCACUAUUUCCCUAAACAUUCUGAUCCUGAACAA